ACUAAAACAAAAAGUAAAAUACAAAUUCGUCGUCGCUCACUAGUCACACUACUAUAUAUAUCUGAAGAACUCAUGUGAGCUCAAAAAACCUUCACUGUCUCUCAAAAACAGAGAGUCUCUCCAAGAAAGUUUCUUCCUUUUCUUCUCGAAUCUUCCAUGGAUCCCAAAGAAAUCCACCAACAGCAACAGCAGCAGAAUCGCAACGCCGCCGCCGCGUAUGCGGGUCCCACCUCCACUUCUCAGGCCAUGCACCACGGUUUAUCCGACGGGGCUCUCUCUCUGCGCGAGCCUCAACCUCAACAAGCGGUCAUGCUCGACGGAUCGCGUUACUCCGUCUCCGUCGUGGCCGAACGACGCUGGAGGCAACUCGGGAUCGAGCAACGAGACGUUCCUGAUGUCGGCGGAGGCGCAAAUGCUGGCCCACCUGCUAAACGCAAAGGUCGUCCUCUUGGCUCCCGUGAUAAGCAGCCGCGCAAAGCUUCAGGUGUAGGAGGAGGAGGACCGCUUACAGCUCAUGUCAUUGACGUCAAUGCUGGAGAGGACAUAGCUAUCAAGUUAGUGGAGUUUAUGAAUCAAGAACCACGCGAAGUCUGUAUUCUCUCAGCUUCAGGAGUUGUAUCUAUUGCAGUGCUUCAAUCUGACAAUCCUCUUGGAUUUGUUAAGUAUGAGGGCCUAUAUGUUAUCACUGAUAUGUCAGGUACUUUCUGGAAUACUGAGAGUGAUGAUGGUGCUACUGUGACCAGAACUGGUAACUUGAGAGUGACUCUAGCUGGUCCUGAUUGCAAGGUUGUGUGGGGUUGUGUUGGUGGAAUGCUUGUAGCCGGUUCACAAGUCCAGGUCAUUGUUGGAACCUUUACACGAGAGGGAGUGAAACUGAGCGCAGCUUCAGCACCAGCCAAUGCGUUGAGCUUAACUGGUGGUAGUGGACCAGGAUUACCUCAGUCUCAGGGACCAAGCGAGUCACUAGAGGAAAAUGCUAGUAAAUCUCUUGGAAACUCUACGCCACAGCCACCUCACCAUCUUCCCCUCUGGCCUGGCAACAAUCCUCAAUAAGCAAAAUGGUUCAUGGGUUUUCUUCUCUGUUCCAUCAGAAUUGUCCAUAAGUGGAUUGAUCUUUCUUACUCCCUUGUCUUCUUCUUGUUCAUACUUCUCUUCGAUGUAGCUUUUUGUUUUAGAAAAAUAGAAAGAGAGAGAGAGAGAGAUGUUAAAGUAGGGUUGAGUUCAUACGUUUAGUUUGUUACUUAGUUUCUUUUGAUUGUGAUGAUUCUGUAAUCAACGAAUGA